AAAGGUGGGAUUCAAGCAACUUUUGACUUUCAGCAGCGAAUAGGUCACCGCAGUUUCUGUUGAGCGGUUCUUUAACGAACAGUACCUCAGGACUCAUUCGCUCUGCGAACAUUCAGUAUUACAUUAUUAAGGCAACGUGAGAGGAAAAACGAUCGUGAUGGCCGCUGGAAAACAGUUAGUGAUUUUGCUCUCGACCAUUGUUGCCUCGUUAACGUUUGCUGACGGAUUUCCGGAUGGCGCACCAGUAGACGCGUGUGUGAAACCAAAGCCUAAUCAGCCUUAUCACGGUCAAGCAAAGCCACAACCUUUGGGAACCAACCCUUACACCGUGAUCGCCUCUGCAGAACAAUACAGUCCCGGUUCCCAAAUAACUGUGAAGAUUCAAGGAGAUGUUUUCAAAGGAUUCUUCUUGCAAGCACGUGACGCUCAUACGAAUGAAUGGAUCGGUUCUUGGGCUAAGACAGCCAACACUGUCGCACAUUCGGAAUGUAGUGCUGUGACCCAUGCUGAUCCUCGCGACAAGCAGACUGCCACCCUUACUUGGAACGCCCCCCUUAACGCAAGAGGCCGCGUUUACUUCACGUGA